UUUUUUCCGGAGGGGGUGGAGGGGGGGCUGUCAACAAGCUCGCUGCUGACGUUAGCUAUCCUGGCUAGCCCGAUAGCUCUCCUGCUAGCACCGCCAUGGCCAAGACGGAGAACGGCCGCCACUCGUCGGACACCAGGAGCAUCAGGACCAUCAGCAGCAGCCACAUCGACGAUGAAAGCUCUCUGGGAUCCGACUCGGAGAUCAACGGCUUCACCAGCGACAGGCAAACCGAUAAAUAUGGAUUCAUCGGCGGGGCUCAGCAGUACUCGGAGGAGUCAGCUCAGGACGUGCCCCCAGAGGUGCUCAGGCAACGGGAGGUGAAGUGGCUGGACAUGCUCGCCCACUGGGACAAGUGGAUGAUCAAGAGAUUCAAUAAGGUGAGACUGCGGUGCCAGAAAGGAAUCCCUCCUGCGCUCAGAGGCCGUGCAUGGCUCUUCCUCUCAGGAGGGAAGGUGAAGAAAGAGCAGAACCCAGGAAAGUUUCAGGAGCUGGACAGUCAGCCAGGAGACCCCAAAUGGCUUGACGUGAUUGAGAAGGACCUCCAUCGACAAUUUCCUUUUCAUGAAAUGUUUGUGGCCCGGGGAGGGCACGGGCAGCAGGAUCUGUUUCGUGUCCUUAAGGCCUACACACUCUACAGACCAGAGGAGGGAUACUGCCAGGCCCAGGCCCCCAUUGCUGCUGUUUUGCUAAUGCACAUGCCUGCUGAGAACUACUCCAGCAACUUCAGAACUCCAGCAGUCUGA